GGAGGGACUUGCUUUGAUCAAGUGUCUGGCUCACCCCACUGUGUCCCAUGGAGAGCUGGCUUCUGUGGUGUCGGACCCGGGUGGGAUGCCUGCACCUUCCCAAGCGGCUCCUAACCUGGUGCUUCCUCCGUUGGUUGCUGGUGCCCUGGACCCUUCAGCUAGCAGGAGGGAUAUCAGUGACCCAUACCGGCCCUCCUAUCAGGGUCUCCCUGGCAAACACGGAUGUGUCCUUUAGCUGCAGAAUCCAGGACUUAAGACCCGAGGUCUUCAUUUUCACUGUUAGCUUCUUUCACGUGGAUAUCCAUGGCCAGAAAAGCUUGGAGAAGCCGAUUGACUGCCAACACAGUCCUGGCAUGGAGAACCAGACCAUGGACUGCGUGGUUAAACUCAGCCUGCCAAAUGCAUCAGCCACGGGCAGUUACUACUGCAUAGUCAGAGGACAGGAGACAUGUCAAAGCGAUGGUGUCUUCAUUCUGGUCAGAGACACAGAGUACCAGCCACCUUCAUUCAAGGUCCAGGAGGCUCUGCUGCUUAGCUUCACCAGCUUGCUGAGCGUCCUGGGUGCGCUGGGGACAGCGCUGCUGCUCUGGAGGAAGAAACAGAUAUUAGUUCUGGGCAAACACACGUGCCCUGGUCCCAAAUCUACCGUCGGAAUCACGAAGCCUCCAGCAGAACCCAUCUACACGUCCCUACAGCGUCGAGAGACAGAGGUCUAUGCUUGCAUCGAAGGAGAGGCUGGCAGCCCUGUCUCCAGCCAAAGCCCGGCCUCCAAGGAGAACCUGAAUAGAUUUGAGGAUGACAAUGAAUUUAACCUCGUGUAUGAAAAUCUCUAGGAGAAGUUCUACAGGCUCCGAGCCUUAUCCUGGAUGAGGACCCCAGAGUCGCAGCUCUUGUCUGAGGACCUGCUUUGGGCCAGGAGUAGGGCCUUCAGGACAGGCCAUCAUGUCACCUGCCUAUUCUGGGCUCUCCCUACCUUGGCCCGGUCUGCUGUCACAUUCUGCAUCCCAGCCUGAACAGUUCAUGUCUCUGGGCUUUUGCCCAGGCUGUUCCCUCCAUCAAGAAUGCCAUUCCUCCUCCCCUGGCCCCAUGGGCAAAGUGGUCCUCAGUCCCACGGGGCUCUCUUGGAUAGCAUCUCUUUCCUCUUCACCCCUUGCUGCCUCCCCUGCAGAGCUGUGAUGUGGCUGUCUUGGCAUCGGCCUACAUUUUGGUCCUCAGGCAGACUUAUCCCUUGGGAGAACACAGUAGGAUCCCUGUGAGGGCUCUGCCUGGCCGCUGAGCCAUUCCAGCUCCUCAGCCCAGAGGCUUGUUCAGGGCGAGGACAUGCUGGGUGGACUGGAAAAUACUAUGACUAAGGAGAGAUGAAGAAUGGGUAUCAAAGAACUGCACCAAAGCUGGUUGGGCCCAGGGCCAGAUAUGGAGGCUGAGGAUAUGGCAAGCAGUGAUGAGCCAGGACCAGGAGGAGGGAGGUUCCAUACGUGCUGGUGAGAAAGGAGAAUCUAGGCGCGCUCCUCCCACAGUGAGAACCCUGAGCUAGUUCCCCAAUCAGCCUGUAUGGGCACCUCUCCAUGCCUGCCAUCCUAGGUUCUCCAGGCAUCUGUUCCUUAUUCUAACCUCUUAGAUGCAGUUCCCCCAGUUCCUCCUUGUGGCCUACUCUGACCCCACCACCUGCGGCUUCAUGCCCUUUUCCUGUCUUUAUUUAUUUGCUUUUGGCCCAUGUUGCCUCCCCUGAAGAUGGAGAGCAGCCUAGCUGUCUCCAUGCCACCUCUCACCACAGUGGUUUGGCUGUAGUGGUUUGCUGCUGAGCCUCCCCUGGGUAAGUCUCUGUGCUGAGAAACUCAAGCCAGGGUGGAUCGAAGCUCCCCAAUGCCUCUCAGCCUUUCUGGCCCUCCAGGAACUCACUCAAGGGACCCUUCAUUCACCCUGCAGGCACCCCCUACAAUAGGGAAGCCAUCUCCUUGGAAGACAGGGACCGAAGGGCUCAGUUUCUGGGGUGCAGGGCUCCUCUCCUACCCUGCUUCUGUCCUCUUAGCCUGCCUUCCCUUCAGCUUUCCCAGAGGUUACACUUUAGCUGUGGUAGAUAGGCCAGUCUCCCUCCCCUCCUUUCCAGGCUGCUUCUGAAGUUCCUGAGAUGUUCUCAUUCCAAAAUCCGCAUGCACCCAGGGAAUAUGGAGAUGUCCAUGAGUAGACACACCUAGCCUGGCCCAAGCAGUGUUGAACUAUUACUGCUCAGGCAGUAGAGGGGUAAAGAAGAAGGCACAGAUGCUUCAGAAGAUGAUGUCCAGAAGCACCUGUGGACAGUGGCUCCAGGCUUUUUUGAGCCCAAGGGAUGGACUCUACUCUUGAACAUCCAAGAAGCAAAGCUCUUCAUGGGCUGUCAGACUGAGUGAAGGCCCAUGCUCCUUUGAGGCUGGCUUGAUGAAUUCCUGGUCUGUAAGGAAGAAACCAACUGCCUGGCACAAGAGAUGCCUCUAGGCUCCUGACUCCAUUGGUCUGAGAUGAAGCUCAGCACUGGAGUGAAAACCUUAGCCAGGAAGAACCAUUGCCUCUCUUACCUCCUGAGCUUUACAUCCAGUCUCUGGAUUCUCUGACUGGGACUCAUGUUUUUUUUAAACCCUUUCCAUGAAGGUGAGGGAUGCCUGAUGGGACUUCAUAUUGCACCCAGGGCUCCCAGCAGUCACCCUGUUCCCACUGCCACAUCCCUACAAAGCAGCUGGGGGAACCUGACAAAACAUACUUUGUCUUGUUCCUUUCCCAUGAAAAAGCCUUCCGUGGUUUCUACUUUACUUAGAAUAAAAUCUCCUUGCUGUGGCCUAGGGGCCCCAGGAAGACUGA